CCGCUUUCUUUCCUUUUUUGGAGGUGCUCCGGUAUGGGUUGUUGCUGCUGCGCCACCGCCUUCCGCUUGUUCCCUCCCCCCCUCUUUGUCUCAGACUCCGUCUUUUAUGUGUGUGGCGGGUAUGAACCAGGUUUGAUAUGCCAGAUACACUCACGUUCGCUAAUUUCCCGGAUUUUUUUAUUUACUUUUCCCGUGUGAGGUGUGUGUGGGAUGGAUGUUGGGUGGGAAGAAGAAAAGGAUUGGGUUCAAUAAUCAUGUUUAUAUAUAAAAGUAGAUUGAUCGGUUAUCCGGAAUGCGGGUAUGGCGUGAUUUUCGCUAUACCCUGUUUUUGUUAUUCCUUUGUUCUUCUUUGCAGGCUCCCACGUGGUGGGUGGGUGUCGUUUUCUUUUGGAGGGGAAACGCACGAUUGGGGACCCUUACAUACGUAGGUGUGCUGUCCCUGCCUCCGCCACCUGCAACUGUUGAUGCAGAGAAGCAAGCAUUCUCUCGCUACUGCCAUGGUUCCCUCAACGUUUACGUGUGUGGCUGUGUUGGGCGGAAAUGGCUGGAUGGGGAUUGCAUACAUGGUGGAGUUGACGCGAGGAAUUACGUCUUAACCACUCUACUCUAUCUGCAAAAAAGCACUCCUUAGCAAUCCAAUCAGACACCACA